UGUACAGAUGGCCGUGAGCCAUCAUGUGGCUGUUGGGAAUUGAACGCAGGACGGCACUGAAUACUCAGUCCACGCUCGCUCUUGGAAUGCAGGACGGCACUGAAUACUCAGUCCACGCCACGUUCGCUCUUGGUUUCAGAGAGAAAGGAAGAAGGUAGUGUGAACCAUAGAAGGUAGCCAGACCCCUGCUGACUCGGAGUUACUCCCGGAAGGCUGGCCUUCGGCAGUUGCCAGGCAACAGCUGUAAACAGUACCAGAUCAUGGCCACUAACUACAGCGCCAACCAGUAUGAAAAAGCUUACUUACCCAGGUACCUGCAGAAUUGGUCUCCUGCCAAGCCAACAAAAGAGAAAAUUGCUUCGCAUGAAGGUUACACUCAGAUCAUCGCCAACGAUCGAGGUCAUCUCUUGCCUUCAGUGCCCCGUUCCAAGGCAAGUCCUUGGGGUUCCUUCAUGGGCACCUGGCAAAUGCCCCUGAAGAUACCACCUGCUCGGGUGUCCUUGACCGCCCGUACAACGACUGCUGCGGACUCCCUCACCAAAUGGAUCCACAAGAAUCCUGACCUACUCAAUGCCUGUAAUGGGCUGCGUCCUGAAAUCUCAGGCAAGCCCUUCGAGUCUGACAGACAGAAGAAACAGAAGAAACCUGUCACAAAGACUGUACAACAAGCACCAAACCCAACCAUAAUUCCGAGCUCCCCGGUUCUCCCAGAGGACAACCCAGAUGAACCGCAUAGCUCACACCCCUCUGCAGGACACACUCCAGGUCCCCAAACUCCAGCCAACUCUCCCAAUAACCCACCUUCGAGCCCAUGUUAGAGCAGCAAGCAGGUCCUAGUCUAGUUGAGAUCCAGACCAAUGCAGGGCCAAGGCCAUGCUGGGGUGACAUUUUAGAGGCUGAAUGAAAUAGGUAAGACCCUGUAUUCUGAAAUAUAACAGAGAAAUGGUGGGCCAGGAGUAAAGGCAGAUUUGGGGAAAUAAACACUGUUAAAUUGUUUACUGA